ACGUUUUCUUCCAUGCCUGUUAACCCUAGCACUAGCAGGCACAGGCAGGACUGGCACAGUACUACCACCAGCACCGGCCUUCUCCCACCCACUCGCCGCCCGAGCGCCUCCGCGUGCCCGUACGCCGGCGCCUCCACCCCGCCGACGGCGGCCUCCCUCCCCUGUACACCGCCCUGCCGCCGCCUGCUCCCGCCCCAUCGCCCUCGCCGCCAGAUCCGUCCCUCCUCCUCUCGGGCCUCGGCAGAUCUGCGCGGCCGGCGGCCCGCCCCACCCCGACUGCCCUCCCCGAGCCAUGGAUCAAGUUAUGGUGAGUCCAUCACCAAGCGCCAGCAGCGGCAGUGGCAAGAGCGCGGGUAGGGCCAAGAGCAGGAGCAGGAGCAGGAGCAGGAGCAGAAGCAGAAGCAAGAGUAGGAGCCGGAGCAGGAGCAGAAGCAAGAGCAGCACCAAGAGUAAGAGCAGGAGCAGGAGUCGCAGCCGGAGCAGAAGCCGAAGCCGAAGCCCUCGGCGAGAUAGGUUGCGCAGCGAGCGUUCAUCCCGCCGCAGCCGUAGCCCACCUCGUCGUGGCCGCAGUCCUCCUCGUCGCAGCGAACGUCGUAGCCGCAGGGAUAUUAUUUGCAAGAACUGCAGGAGACCUGGCCACAUUGCUAGGGACUGCCCAUCUGCUUCUACCUGCAAUAAUUGUAAUCUUCCAGGGCACUUUGCAGCAGAAUGCACUUCCAAAACAGUUUGCUGGAACUGCAAGAAGUCUGGGCACAUUGCCACUGAAUGCAAGAACGAGGCCUUAUGCCACACUUGCAGCAAGACAGGGCAUAUGGCACGCGACUGCCCGGCCUCGGGGUCAAACGCCAAGCUAUGCAACAACUGCUUCAAGCCGGGCCACAUCGCGGUCGACUGCACCAACGACCGUGCCUGCAACAACUGCCGCCAGCCGGGUCACAUUGCACGCGAGUGCAAGAACGACCCCGUCUGCAACCUUUGCAACGUGUCAGGCCACCUGGCCCGCAGCUGCCCUAAGACGACGACCCUAGCCUCAGAGAUCCACGGCGGGCCCUUCCGCGACAUCUCGUGCCGCAUAUGUGGCCAGCCGGGCCACAUCAGUCGCAACUGCAUGGUGACCGUCAUCUGCGACACCUGCGGUGGGAGGGGCCAUAUGUCGUACGAGUGCCCCUCGGCCAGGGUCUUUGACCGCGGCGUCCGCCGGUUCUGAUGACGCCAUGGAUCCAGGACGGGCCCUGGCACCUGAAAUGACCGUGGCGUCUGCCGGUUCUGAUGGAUUCGGGGGUUGACCCCGGCGCCUGAAGCGCCCCACCCUGAUGCGCCUGUUCCGAUGGAUUCGGUUCUGUUCGUUGGUUGGUUCCUGUUUUAGAUAGCUUCUGCGGAUGACGCCGAAACCUUUUUUUCGCUUGGUCGGUGUAUGCCCUUGUUGCUCCCUGGGUGUUGGUUGUGUUGUGGAAUGAAUGUUUAUGGUGUAGCUUUGUAACUCUGCUGAACUGGGCCGAGAAAGAGUCGUUUAUAUGAACUGCCAUGGUUAGACCAGAUUAUAUCCUAUUGUGACACGCUUUCGAGUUUA